CAGAGCGAAGUGCUCGGGAAGAGCUGCAGCUUCCCAAGCCGGAGAGCAGCGAGGAGCUGGGGCAGGAGCCGUGGGAUCGCACCCUUCCACGGCAGACAAGAUGAAGCAUUUCUUCCUCCUCUUCCUCCUCGGGCUCAUCACCAACUCCUUGCAGAUCGAAGACAACAAGAUCCCCGGGCUGUGCUCGGGGCAGCCGGGCAUCCCGGGGACCCCAGGCCUGCACGGGGGGCAGGGUCUGCCAGGGAGAGACGGACGAGACGGCCGGGAUGGGGCGAUGGGGAUGCCAGGGGAGAAGGGCGAGAUGGGCCCUCCCGGACCACCUGGCCCCCGUGGGGAGCUGGGCAGCCCCGGCCUGGAUGGGGCGCACGGCGAGAAGGGCGCUCAGGGGGAAUGUGCCGUUGCCCCCCGCUCCGCCUUCAGCGCCAAGCGCUCCGAGUCCCGCAGCCCCCCGCUGGCCGACCAGCCCAUCCUCUUCGACGUGGUGCUCAUCAACGAGCAGGGCCACUACGACCCCACCACGGGCAAGUUCACCUGCGAGGUGCCUGGCCUCUACUACUUCGCCGUCCACGCCACCGUCUACCGCGCCAGCCUCCAGUUCGACGUCAUGAAGAACGGCCAGUCCGUCGCCUCCUUCUUCCAGUACUAUGGGAACUGGCCCAAGCCCACCUCGCUCUCGGGGGGUGCCCUGGUCCGCCUGGAGCCCGAGGAUGAAGUGUGGGUGCAGGUGGGAGUGGGGGACUACAUCGGCUUCUACGCCAGCGUCAAGACCGACAGCACCUUCACUGGGUUCCUGGUUUAUUCCUACUGGCAAAACUCGGCCGUUUUUGCCUGAGCCUGCCUUUGGCAGCAGCCAGGGCAUAUCCCCCUUCCCUGCCACCCCGGGGAGGGGGGCAACAGUGCCAGGGUCCAGCUGGGUGGGAGCUGGGACGCCAGGAACCUCACCCUGCUCCGCUGCUUCCCCGCGGCAGGGCAGGAAUCCGGCCCCUCUGCUGCCCCCCGGGGUGGGGGGAGAACAUCCCUUCAGCUGUAGAAGAGCUCAAUAUUAUCUCGGGCACCCGGCUCUGGGGUGAGAUGGUGGCCCCGGUGCCUUCGCUCCCUCCUUCAGCCUCAAUAAAGGGGUCUCAGCCA